AUGGAGCUCGCACAUUUUGUUAACGUAGCAACUGUUUGUGCUGCUGAAGCUGAAGGCCUAUACUUGGCCACGGGAAAUACCUUCACAGCUCUACAAUAUGAAUUCCACAUUGGAAGAAGUACGAUUGCCGAUAUAGUGUCUGAAACUUGCCAAGCAAUCUGGCUUGCUUUGAAAGAUACAGAAAUGCCUGAGCCAACGAAAGAGGAAUGGUACCAGAUCGCCGACACUUUUCAAGAGAAAACAGAUUUUCCAAAUUGCUUAGGUGCGGUGGAUGGGAAACACAUUCAUUGUGUUAAGCCACGGAGCUCUGGAUCUAAAUUUUUCAACUACAAGAAGUAUUUUUCGGUGGUUCUAAUGGCAGUAGCUAAUGCCAACCUUCGCUUUAUUUCAAUUGAUGUAGGAGCUUAUGGUGAAGAAGGUGAUUCGACUGUAUUCCGUGACAGCACUUUUGGUACGAAACUGUAUUCUGGCCAACUAAAUAUUCCUGCACCUAAGUGUCUACCCGGAACAGAUUCCACUCCUCAGCCUUUUGUAUUUCUUGGAGACGAAGCGUUUAAAAUACAUACAAAUCUCAUGAGACCCUUUCCUGCACGUGACAUUGAUGGUCGUCGAAGAAUUUUCAAUUACCGACUUUCUAGAGCCAGACGUUCAGUCGAGUGUGCAUUUGGUUUAUUAGCCAAUAAAUGGCGAAUUUUUCACACACCAAUUUUGGUACGACCAGAGCUCAUUGAUGAUAUCGUAAAAGCCUGUUGCAUCCUACAUAAUUUCGUUCGGCAAAGAGAUGGUGCCAAUUAUGAAGAAGGUGAAAUCUCUCCAUUUCCUGACGUAAUAAAUACUGGUGCAGCGCCCCGCGACCAAGGAACACAAGUUCGCGAUUUUUUUGCAGAUUAUUUUGUUGGGAUUGGUGCCGUCCCGUUUCAAGAGGAGUAUAAUUAUUGA